CUAUUUGGUUAAACUGGCGAAUUUACGAUCUUUCAGUCACCUUGCUACAUCACUCCCCUUACCUUCAGAGAGGGAUCACCUUCGUCCCAGGAUAGAUCUGAUUGCGUUCAUGAUUGACAUCAAGAGCAAGUACAGUUUGAAGAAUGUCGAAGCUUCCCUAGCUCAUGUGGAUGCCAACUUCUUCCUGGGGAAAGUGUGCUUUCUUGUCACUGGGGUUGGCAGGGUGAAUUACUGCAGCGUAGACAUGAAUGCCAUCUGGAAAUUGGGAGAAGUCUACUGCAGUCCUGUGCUCUUCUGUGAGCUGGAGUUGGAAGGGAUACGAGUUGCCACCGCUCAGCGACUUCUCCGGAUGUUACAGAUCUGUGCUGGACACAUACCAGGAGUUUCUGCCUUGUCCUUUGGCACACUGAUGAGGAACUCUGCUGAUGACUAG